CGGUAGUAAUUCUUUCCCCAAUUUUCCCUCUCGUGUGACCCAUUUAGUUUUGUAUCCACCUCAUUUUUAGUCGCACGUCCUAAAAUGAUCUCUCAAAACGGAUGGACGGAAUGAAUUUCUCACAUAUAUUGCAGUGGGCCCCACCCAGCAUCUUUGCGUAGGAACUUCCAUCCAGUCUCCGUCCUUCUCUACAUUCUCUUUCCCGCGAGUUUCAACCGCAGUCAUAUAAGCAUUGGAACUCUCUCUCUCUCUCUCUCGCCUCAAACACAUUCCAAAAUCUCCACUCAAAUUUCUCCAAUCAUCGACCAUGCUUCAACAACAACACAUCAUCACCGUUCAAAACCCUGACCACAUCAGCAAUCUACCAGAUUCCAUCCUUCAUUGCAUCCUCUCCUUCUUGCAUGCCACCGAUGCAGUGAAGACGGUCCUUCUAUCAAAAAGGUGGGCCCAUUUGUAUCCUUCCACCCCAAAUCUACACUUCCAAAAAUCCCGUCUCUGCAAACGAAACGACAACAAUUUCGUAUCCUUCGUCAACCAAGCUUUGAUUCUCUACGAAAGCCCUACCAUUCAGGAAUUCCAUCUCGUCUUCUAUUAUAAAGGUAAGUUUUAUACCCCCAUCAUUGAUGACUGGAUCCGCUUCGCAUUGUGGAAAAAGGCCCGAGUACUCCAUCUCGACCUCUCCGGUGAUAGUUUUUCAAAUUGGGGCUAUUGGAAGUUUGUUGGGAUUGAUCCAUACUCAUUGCCCCUUGAUUCGUUCAAUAACGAUUCGUUGACAGAGCUGAGGCUCAAUUCCGUCAACAUCAAUCCGCCCAGGAUUGUUUCUUGGAAAAACAUGAAGAGGUUGUCUUUGGAACAGACCAGUAUGGCGGAUUAUGAGAUGGAACGGAUUUUGAAUGGGUGCCCAGUGCUCGAAGAAUUGUUUCUUUACAAAUGCAAUGGUAUUAGUCAACUCGAUUUCAGGGGUCGGAAUGUUAGGAAGUUGACCGUGAAUGAUUAUGAUUCGGAGUUUGGGUUGGAAAUUUGGGGUCCCAAUGUCAUGUCCUUGAAUAUUUCUGGUGAUAUAGGCACCGCGAGACAUCGUUUUAAGAGCCUUCCGCUUUGGUUAAUGCAACUCUCAAUUUGCAAAUGUCGUUUUACACCGGUUGGGAUGAUUAUGAAGAGAGCGAGUAUCAUGAUAUUUUUUAGGCACUUCUUGACGCUCUUCGGCAUGCUAGAGUUCUUAAAGUCUGCACUUGGUGUGUUCAGGAUGCAUGGGCGUGCCAGAGCGUGCCUGAUUGAAAGGUUGAUUGAAUUGUUGGUGUCCCUUUACCAAGACAGACAGAUUGGAGACUGGGAUUGA